UUGUUUCUCUGCAAUCUCUUCGUUCCUAUCCUCAAUGGCAAAGCUAAUUUCUCACAAGACCCUCCUCAGUACUUGUCUAAUGCUAAUGCUUUUGAUUAAUUCCUGCAAAUUCGGUGCUUCAUCGGAGGAGAUCACCGCUUUCUUCAUCUUCGGAGACUCCACAGUCGAUACCGGCAACAAUAAUUACACCAAUACCAUCGCUGAAAACAGUGCAAAUUACAAACCAUAUGGACAGCGCUUCUUCGGAGAGCCCACCGGCAGGUUUUCAGAUGGUCGCGUCAUCGUCGAUUUAAUCGCGGAGUAUGCAAAGUUACCGUUGAUCCCACCGUUUUUAGAAGCUUCUGCUGAUUUUACUAAUGGUGCUAAUUUUGCCUCUGGUGGGGCUGGAAUUCUGCCUGAAACAAAUAAGGGAACGGUGAUUGAUCUUCCGACACAACUGAAGAAUUAUGAGGCGGUUCAAAAAACAUUAGUGGAAAAGUUGGGCGAAAUAAGAGCGAAGGAGCUGAUAUCUGAAGCAGUUUAUUUCAUCAGCUUAGGAAUUAAGCAACGAUUAUAUGGGUGGUUAUCUGGGAAAUCCAAGAAUGCAGGAACUCUAUCUCCCUGCAACUUAUGUCUCCAUGGUCAUUGGUAACUUGACACAAACAAUCCAGGUCCUGUAUGAAAAAGGUGCAAGGAAGUUUGGUUUCCUAAGCUUGGCACCGUUGGGUUGUUUGCCGGCCCUCCGCUCACUGAACCCCGACGAGGGUUGCUUGGAAGAGGGUUGCGGCCUUGCACGAGCACAUAAAAAGGCCUUAAGAGUUGUCCUGACCUGCCUUGAAUACAUUCUAAAAGGCUUCAAAUAUUCCAAUUCCAAUUUCUAUGAAUGGCUUGAAGAUAGAAUAAACAACCCCUCAAAAUACGGCUUCAAGGAUGGAGUGAAUGCUUGUUGUGGAACUGGACCGUACGGAGGAGUUUACACCUGCGGAGGGACUAAGAAGGUGAAAGAUUACCAGCUAUGCGACAACGCCGAGGAUCAUGUGUGGUGGGAUUCUUUCCAUCUGACGGAGGGAAUCUACGAGCAAUGCGCCGAGGAGCUGUGGAAUGGACCGCCGUCUACCGUCGGGCCGUACAAUCUGGAAGAGCUCUUCUUCAACCAGGAAAAGAAGAACACCAUUAUCGCCGAUAUCGUUGAUGCCCCAGAAGUAAGAAUCUUCUAACUGCACCCACAAGAAACUCCCGCUCAAAUAAUAAAUACAGAUACGUAUAUACCUACAGAUUCCAUACAUAUUCCUAUAUGUAUUACGAAAAUAAAUACUACUACAUAAGCAUGUUCGCCGCCUAAUGGAAAUGGAGAGUAUUUUUUUAGGCAAUUAAUGAAAUAUUUGAUAAAAU